AUGACUCCUGCUGUCUUCUUGUUGAUCCUGGGCUUUGGAGUGGCCUCAGGUGCCCCAGCACGUGAUCCCAAUUUGGAUGCUGAAUGGCACAACUGGAAGAAUAAAUAUGCAAAAUCAUACAGCCCGGAGGAAGAAGAACUGAAGAGAGCAGUGUGGGAAGAAAACAUGAAAAUGAUCAAGCUGCACAACAGGGAGAAUGGCCUGGGGAAGAACAGCUUCACCAUGGAAAUGAAUGCCUUUGCUGAUGUGACUGGUGAAGAAUUCAGAAAAUCCAUGAGUAAUAUUCUAAUUCCGGCUGCCCUGACGGACCCAAGUGUCCAGAAACAAGUAUCUCUUGGUUUACCCAGUUUUAAAGAUUGGAGAAAGGAAGGCUAUGUGACUCCUGUACGGAAUCAGGGUGCAUGUGGCUCCUGUUGGGCUUUUGCUGCAGCUGGUGCCAUAGAAGGUCAGAUGUUCUCGAAAACUGGCAUCCUCACUCCUCUAAGUGUGCAGAACCUAUUGGACUGUUCUCAAACUGUAGGAAAUAAGGGCUGCAUUUCGGGUACUGCACACCAAGCAUUCAAGUAUGUUUUGAAUAAUAAAGGUCUCGAGGCUGAGGCAACCUAUCCAUAUGAAGAAAAAGAAGGACCUUGCAGGUACAAUAGUGAGAAUGCUAGUGCCAAUAUCACAGAUUUUGUGAACCUCCCACCAGCUGAGGUUUACCUCUGGGUUGCUGUAGCAUCUAUUGGGCCAGUCUCUGCAGCAAUUGAUGCCUCUCAUGACUCUUUCAGGUACUACAGUGGAGGUAUUUAUCAUGAGCCAAAUUGCAGCAGUAAUUUUGUGAAUCAUGCUAUUCUGGUGGUUGGCUAUGGAUUUGAGGGAAAUGAAACAGAUGGCAAUUACUACUGGCUGAUCAAGAACAGCUGGGGUGAAGAAUGGGGCAUGAAUGGCUACAUGAAGAUUGCCAAAGACCACAACAACCACUGUGGAAUUGCUUCACUUGCCAGCUUCCCCAAUAUUUUCUGA